AUGGCUAGCACUGAAGAAAAUAUGACUCAGAUUUCAGAACUUAGCCUUUUGGGUUUUGGGGAUCUUCACGGCCUUCAGUAUCUUCUUUUUGGGGUAUUUUUGGUAAUCUAUGUGGUGACUCUCAUGGGCAACAUUGUAAUCCUAACUGUGGUUUUGGCUGAUUGCUCCCUUCAUUCUCCCAUGUAUUUCUUUCUUGACCACUUUUCCUUCCUAGAGUUUGGCUACACCACUACCAUUGAGCCCAUGAUGCUAAGGACAUUGCUGCCACCUCAUGUGCCUAUUUCCUUCUCAGACUGCGCUUGCCAGUUUUAUUUAUUUAUUUAUCUAUUUAUUUUUGCUGCUCUGGUGGCUACAGAAUGCUUCUUACUAGUUGUAAUGUCUUAUGAUCUUUUCAUAGCCAUCUGUAACCCAUUGCAUUAUUCCAGCAUCAUGGACCACUGGGGUUGCUUACAGCUAGCUGGCACCUCUUGGAUAGCUGGAUUUCUGGCACCCAUCCUUCUCAUGGUCCACAUUUUUCGGUUAACAUUCUGUGCUGCCAGUGAGAUUGACCACUUCUUCUGUGAUCUGAAGCCCAUCAUGAAACUGGCCUGCACUGAUACUCAAGUAGCUGAGAUGACCUCUUUUAUAUGCAUCUCUUUAUUUGUACUAGGUCCCUUUCUGCUAACUCUGGCUUCUUAUACUGACAUCAUCUCCACCAUUCUGAGGAUUCCUUCUGUCACAGGAAAGCAGAGAGCCUUCUCUACCUGUUCCUCCCAUCUUACAGUGGUCAGUCUGUAUUAUGGGACUCUGGGCAUUGUCUAUGGCUUCCCAUCACAGCCUCAGAAUGAAGACUUAUUGAAGUUGCUUUCCCUUCUGUAUACAGUACUUACCCCUGCCCUCAACCCUAUUAUUUACACUCUAAGGAACAGGGAUGUAAAAGUAGCCCUGAGAAAAUUGGUGUAA